AUGCGUCGCUGCAGGACGUCGUCCGCAAAGACAGGGCUCGUUUUGGGAAUUGCAGGUUUUGUUAUAAUAUUGAAUGUUACGAAAUGGCAUCCAAAGAGCGAGAAGCUAAGCAAAUCUCUGGAACACAGCAUGAAUUUCUUCAAUCAUUCGACGUCAUACAAAUAUAUCAUUAUGCCCGAUCUUUCUCUAUGCGAUGGCUCACGGCAAAAGGUCGACCGCUUCGAAAAUCGACAAGCAAUCCGAGAUAGUUGGGCUUCUGCUCAAUAUUCCUUAUCUAUUAAGACCGGUCGUGUAGUGACGUAUUUUCUUCUUUCGGAACCAAAUUCGAUUCACGACUUUUUAAUGGUGCGAAAGGAACAAAAGAAACAUAACGAUUUGAUCGUGACUAGUUUAACCGAGUCCUACCAGAACCUUGUCUACAAGGUGUACGCCUCUAUAGUGUUUCAUCAACAGUACUGCCCACAGACGUCGUUCUUGAUAAAGAUCGACGACGACGUUGGCAUACAUAUCGAUCGAAUGCUUAAUUUGUGGAAUAUUGACAAAAAUGCGAGUAUGUCGUUGUAUGGUCAUCUAAUAGAGAACGUUUUACCGAUACGCGAUCCGAACAGCAAAUGGUUUGUAUCAGAGCAUGUGUGGCCGAACCAACACUUCCCAACGUAUUGUGCUGGUUCCACUUAUUUGAUGGGAAGAUCGGCUGGACGAGCUAUUCUUGAUGAAGCAAAAAACUUUCCACCAUUUGAGAUUGAGGAAUUCUUCAAUGGGUCCUUCAAGUGUAAUGCAUCGCAGAAGCCAACAUUGUUCGCUGUGCACGCACUUGAAACUCCAGAUGAGAUGCGUAGGGGCUGUCGAAUACUGGAAACCGAUCAAUGUCGUUAUCCAGAGUGA